UUAGUUGAGCACUGCAUGUUCUUCACACAUUAUGCUCUCUUUGUAUUUAAGAUAAAUUUACUUGCAGACAAAGAGCCACCACCACCUCUUCCAGAGAAGAAAGUGCCAGCUCCACCACCUCCAGAAAAGAAGUCGUCGAUCCAGUCCAAUUCCAUACCUGAUGCUCAUGAGGGUAGUCCCACUUCCAGGGACCUCACAGAGAUAACAAUGCCAAAAUUUACAAAGAAAUCUGCUGUGAAAGAUUUUUCUGACAAACCAGAUGAGCCAAGCUUAACUUUGGACACAGAUGGAGAGAGGUUGAAACAUGUAACCCAGCUCCGUCCCAAAGGGCCAUCACGAAGACGACCACCCUCGGGUAUAUUCAAAGAUAAUGACUCUGCUCCACAAGCCAAUGGUCACCUUGGUGUGACUGAACUUCCUCGGAACCUUGGUGUUCCUGCAGUUUCACCCUCUAGUUCAAAAGCCACAGUUGAUUUACGAUCCCGUCCUGAACCACUGCCAAGACCUGACUCAACCAAUUCUGUUCCGUGGCUUCAAGAACUACGACAGAAUCAGAAACAGAAGAAAAGGUUGUCAGGUAUACUUCUCCCAGAAGUGGAGAGUACACCUGCCCCAGCACCUGUAGUGUCAUCCAAGCCAGCAAUGUUACCUCACAAACCAGAAGAUAAGCCAGUAUCUAAACCUGUGAAACCUUCAAACAUACCUGAUACUCCAGUAACCACCACUAGAACUAAGACAUCAGAUGCUUCUCAUUUGCCAACACCAGAUUAUGAACAUAAACCUGUUGUAACCCAGUUUUCCACUUCUAAAAAUAAACCUCUGCCUGCCACACCCUCAGCAGUCACAUCCAUGGAAAACAAAAGAUUGCCAACUCAUACUGAUGCAAGAAUAUCAAACAUUUCUCCAGAAAACAAGAAACCUUCCUCUACCAUAGAUACCAAAGAUAAUAAAAGGAUAUCAUUAUCAGACAGUUCAGUUCAUUUAGAAGAAAGAAUUAAUGUUUUAUAUAGAGAGUUACUUCCAAAGGUGAAAGCAUUGGAAGAUCGUCUAGAGGAACAACGAAAGGAACAAGCUCGACGAAUGCAGUUACUCAUGAACGAAUUAGAUGAGGAGCGUAAGAAGCGAGCAUGUAUGGAAGUUGAAAUUGAAAGAUUGCGGAAGCUUGUAGAUGCGUAUGCUCAAGUUUAAAAGUGAAGUGUUAAACAUUUAUAAAUGAUGUAAUUCUUACUUGAAAAAAUGUGUGAGUAUUAUGCAUAAUGACAUCUGCCUUUAUGGAAUCCGAUAUGGCCACUAGAGGCACUCACACAUCAGGCACUGACAUGAUCUGUUUUAGGAUUCUGGGUCUUCCUUAUAACCUGGACAACAUAUUUCUCCUGCUAGAUGGCAGGUGCUGAUUACCUGAAACCCACUGUGUCGGGUUUACAGUCCGUGUGAGUGUGGAACCUCGUAUUCCUUAGUGAGAGCAGAGGUUAUUUUCAGAUGUAUGAAAUGAGUGUUAAUCUUACUGUUGUGUGAGAAUAUUGUGCAAGAUUUAUGAAUGGUAUAAAAUAGUAUAUGAAUAUGUAGAUUGUCACUGCCUGCAUGUGUUCCUGUUGGUAUGAUAAACUCUUGUAAGAUCAUUUGAUACAGUAAUUGAAUCUGAGAAGCAUUUAGACCGUCAUUUUUUUUUUUUUUUUUUUUUUUUUUUUUUUUUUUUUUUUUUUUUUGUCAUUUGAGUAAGAAUAUGUAGUAUUGUGUGACUGAGAGUAAGACUACAGGUAACAAUUUUUGAAAGUGAAAAUAUUCCUCUGAACUCAAAAAGAUUGGAGUAAAAAUUGAGGAUGCAUGAUAGAUCUCAUACUAGUGAGGUAGAAAUGGUGAUUGAAACUGUAAACUAUCUUGCUUUGAGAGUGGGUAUUUUAGGGGGCUUCACUAAACUGAUUUACAGAUAUAUGUGCCAUGGUACUGUAGACCAUUAUAAUGAAAGUUAAAUUAGGCCUGAAAAAUACCUUCAAAUGUCAAUAAAUGAUUUUACUGUUUUUUAUAUAUUUAUUUUGGCAAUUUAAUGUGUCAUAGGAAGAAAUAUCAGGUACUAAAUUUGGUGGUAUACUAGUAUAUAUUACUUGAACUGCAAGAGUAUUUAGAAUCAUUGAUCCAGAGUUGUCACACUGUGCAAGUUGUAUAGCCAGUUGUAUACACAAAUAAAUGGCAAUAAUGUACAGAUUUGCUUCAUGUCAAGUACAAAACUAAAUAUUUGAAUAUGUUUUACUUUGAGUAAAACUUAUUUUCAAAAAUCAGUGUUGUUAGUAGACGAGAAACAUACACACACAAUAAUUCAAAAGAAAAAAAGUUUUCCAGCCUAAAUGUCAGAAAAGAAUAUUGUUUCCUUUAAUUAGAAUUAUUUGGCAGAUGCUAUAAAAUAUAAUAUUAUUGGCAACAUGAUGAAAAAUAUCGUUUUAUAUGUAUUAAAAACAUGUAUUAAAGAAUGAUGGUACUUUUGCCAUUUAUGUAUAGGGUGCUUAAGAAGUCAUUUUUUUGCCCAGGACAGUAUUAUGCAUAAAAACAACAUGAGUAUCAGGACUAGAAGUGUCUCAGUAAAAAUAUUAAUCCUUGAAGGAGAAAUGCUAUAUCUGGAUGCAAGUUAGUUCUUUAGGUUUGUAGGACAAAAGUGUACAUUGCAGUUUUCUAAUAUAUGAUCUAAGGGUUAUGAUUUUAUAAAUAUAGAACAGUAAGAGAUUGUACAUUCAUAUAUUGUACUUAAAUGACAGUUAUAGUAAGUAAAAUAAAUUUGCUGACAAACUGUCAUUGCAUCUGGUUUCUAGUACAGUAAUAUAUUUUUCUUUAUUAUAUAUGUAGCUUUUAUAUUAUUUAUCUUUAUUCUCACAUAUGUGCUGUUUCAGAAUGCCUCUCAUUUUUUAUGUAUAUAUGCAUCAUAUUAUUUUAUUCUAUUUUAAUAAAUCAUAAUAUAGUGUAUA